AUUGGCUGCUUGUUUUCUGGGUGUUUUGUUUGAAAUGAAGACUUCACAUUGGCUAGGACACGUGCGCACGCCUACUUGUCUGCAACCUUUCUGGGUCAUGUGACCAGGAGGCGUGGCCACAAGGCUCGAACUCGACAGGUAAAGACAAGGUGAGUGAAGAGUCUGAAAGAGCGCAGUAUCGAGAAAUAGAAAACAGGAAAGCACUUAUUGUCAUGGCAGGGAGCGAGCUGAGUCCACUCGCUGCUCACUGACCGCUUGUGGCCGGGUGUUGUGUUUGAGAGCUGAACACUGAGGCAGGAGGAGAGCAGCUUUGCCGGCGAUGUUGAACCCCCUCAGCAGCGGGCGCAAGGCGCUGGGGAAACUCGCCACGCGCCUGGAGGAGGUGAAGAACCCAUGGCGGCCCACGUCCUCGUUAGAGCUGAGCCACAACGAAGCGGCGCGUCUCGCCACGGACGCGCUUCUCGAGUCCGGAGAGAAGGAGUACCGCCGGGUUCUGACUGAGGAGAAAGAGCUCAGCUUUCUCUCCGCGCUGGAAAUUCGCUAUAUUACUGAACAUGAGGCGAAGACCGGGAAACCCGAGAACGGCUCGAAUGGAGUGGGAGACUUUGGGGAAGGAGACACGGUUUCAGAGCUCACUUCAGGAACUUACUUCCCCAUGAUGUCGGAUGAAGAGCCGCCCAUGCUGGAGCUCGGCUGGCCCGAAGUGCCCAACCGCCACGGGCCCUGCGAGACCCAGAUCUACUUCCAGAGAGACAAGUCGCAAAAUGUCAAAGAUCUGGUGCGAUCACUGAUCAGUAAAGCCAAGAAGGUCAUUGCCUUGGUCAUGGACAUUUUCACCGAUGUGGACUUACUCUGUGACUUACUUGAGGCCUCCCUCAAGCGCAAGGUUCCUGUGUACAUUCUGCUUGAUGAGAAGAAUCUCAGUUAUUUCACUGACAUGUGCAAUACGCUAGACAUCCAGCACUCGCACUUAAAUAAUAUGCGGAUACGAAGUGUAUCUGGAGACACAUACUGCACCAAAAGUGGGAAGAAAUUUACAGGACAAGUGCAGGAAAAAUUCAUGAUCAUUGACUGUGAGGAAGUACUAGCUGGAUCGUACAGUUUUACCUGGUUGUCUGCUCAGGUGCACAGCAACAUGCUUUUGCACUUUUCAGGACGCAUUGCUGAAAGCUUCGAUCGGGAAUUCCGUUGCCUCUAUGCGGACUCACAAAUCAUUGAGCGGUUCCAUAACCCAGAUGAGGAAGGUCUUCCCUACUACAGUUACAACAUGUUGCCCAACAUGGACUUUUUCCAAGACAGAGGAACGAAGGAAAAGGAGAGGGAGAAGGUUUGUUCAGAAAAUUCCAGUAGCCAGUCCAGCAACAGCGUCUCUAGCAUUAAAGCAGCUCCAGGCUUAACCCCUCAAGUCUACAAGGUAACCCAGGAAAAGAAGGACACUGGCACAAUCAAGAGUUCAGAGAAGAGGGGUGUUUCAAAUUCAGGACUUCAGAUGCCUCAAGUAAGUCACAUUGGCAGAGGACUCCACAGUGAUUCCCUACAGAAUCCAGUAGUGGAAUGUUCAACGUCUGGAGUGGAAUGGGCAAAAGCAGGAGCCUUCCAAACCAACCUCGCAGGACCAACAUCCAAAUUUCAAGCCCUGGAUCUGUAUGACCACAAAAACGUCUUACACGCUGCUUCCAAAGCACAACCGAUUCCUCUAUUGGAGAACAAGACACCCAAAGUACGCAAUCCUACCAGUCCUACUUUUUUUAACAAAUUCACUGACCUCUUCUCAUCAGCCAAAGACAAGGACCCCUAUGUCUUAUAUAGGCCACCUCCAUAUAGUACAGCUUUUGGGGGUCCAGAUCUUUCACAAAAUGAACCCGAAAGUAGUCAGAGUCCUCCUCCACCAGUACCUUUGCCCAAGGAACGAGUAGGCCAGGAGGGCAGAAUCACCCGUGGGGAUGAGAAGCGUAUGACAUUGGGACACAGCAAACUAGACCUGGUCAACCACUACAACAAGUUGAAAUCGAAGCAGGUGUACAGCCGCUUCGAACUGAAGAACAAUUGACCUUGUCAUCACACCUGGUGUCAUUUAGUUGAUGUAGGUUUUCUUCUAAUACCUCUUGGGCAAGACGUUAUUUUUCUGCAGGCUUAAAUUCUAGUGAAACAUGGUAUUGUGUGCUCUUCUUGUUACACAACAGAAGGAAAGGAAAAUGAAAGCUCUUUGUUGGCAGCCUGUAAACUUUUUGACUGUUUUCUUUACCAGGUUUAUGAUUUACAGUUAGUGCUGUAUAUAAGAUGCUGGUGUAUAGCGUUGCUUAAGUGGUGCAUUUUCUGACGUUCAGGGUGUUGUUUCAACAAUACCACCUGUAAUUCUUGUGGCAAGCAAGAAUGAUGGUAGAAAGAUGGUAUUAAUAUCAUACGUGGAGCAGUUCUUUCCUUUUAUUUGGGAUAUUCCAUUCCCACAUUUGUCGUCUUCCAGAUUUUCUUGUGUAUUUAUACUAGCCAUACUGUGACGUCCAACUUUUAAAAAACUGUAGUCACUCAAACAUCUAACAUGCUACUAUACACUCACCAUCCACUUUAAUAGGUACACCUGUACAUUACACCUGUGUUCCUAUUAAAGUGGAAGGUGAGUGUAUCUCUAUACUGUAGUAUAGAUCAGUUUACAUGUGAAUGUGUUGGUUAUUUAUGUGAGGUUAAAACAAUUUAAUUAAAAAAAAUCUGUUUAUAAUAAUCAGUCACACUGACCCGAUCACUUUAUAACUACGUUUCAGUGUGAUUAAGAUGUAAUGUGCAUCAUGACUCACUUGACAGUUAAACAAGAGUUCAAAAGCCAAUUUACCCAACAUGCUGAUAGUGUGCCUACACUGGAAAUACCAGAAGUGAGUCAGCAGGAAGAUGUUAAUUUGCAUUGUUUUGUUUGAUCCUGAUCAUGGACUCGGUACUGCUUCUAAAUCUUGGUUUUUGAUAAACUGUAGUGACUGGUAGUCACAAAUAUUUUCAGAAUUCUUAUACACAGUAAUGCAGACUUCAAAACAAAGUUACAAACCCAGUUUAUCAUGCUUGGCAUGCUUUACAGAGUCUAUUUGUGUACUGGGUGGAGAGUUAUAUGCAGUAUCAAAUUAUUGUCCUUUUCUUGUCUGGUUCAAAACAUUGUCAGUUGUCUCUUUUGCAAUGUUUAUUGUAUUUUGAUUUGAAUUUUAUGUGAGCACAGUGAGAGUACAAGUAUUGUACAAAAAAAAAAAAUGUAAAAGUAUUUGCAUCUUUUAUGCUGUACUUCUAUUACUAACAUGUUAGGGAAAUGAGAAAAUAGUAUUGUAAAUGAUGUUCAGAAUUUUAUGGAUGAUGUGGAAAUGAAUUAGAAAUAAAUUAGAACCCUACCACCAUUAAAA